GUGUCCCCGCACGCGAUGCCCCUGCACAAGGUGCCGCCGCGGCUGUGGGAGUCGCUGCGCUUGCAGCGCGGCAUCUUCGCCCGGCUGCCGUCCCACUACUUGCGGGCCCUGCGCGAGGGCGCCGCCGCGCCGACCCCCGCCGUCCACUGGAGACCGCCCGCUGGCGAUUACGCGCGCCGCCCGGGCACCUUCGAGGGCGUGCGGCAGCAGGCAGUGCCCGUGCCGGUCUACUACCCGCCCGAGAGCCAGGAGGGGCUGUGGGGCGGCGAGGGUUGGGUGGUGGGCUACCGCUACGCCCACGACGAGAAGCUCUCCCGGCGGGUGAAGAAGGUCUGGAAGCCGCAGAUUUUCUACCGCGAAUUCUACAGCGAGAUCCUGAACAAGACAUUGCGAACUGCCGUCACCGUGAGGACGCUGGACCAGAUCGACAAAGCUUUUGGCUUUGACUUCUAUAUCUUAAAGACCCCGAAGUCUGAACUGUGUUCCAAGUUGGGGAUGGACCUGAAGCGCACCUUGCUUUUGAGACUGGCACGCCACGACCCUUCUCUCUACCCAGAUGAUCCAGCCAAGAGAGAGGCCGUUUAUAACAAAUACAAGGAGUUUGUGAUUCCAGAAGAGGAGGCUGAAUGGAUUGGACUGAGUCUGGAGGAAGCUGUAGAAAAGCAGAGGGUCCUGGAGAAGAGGGAGCCUGUUCCCCUGUUCCAAGUUUAUGCAGAAGAACUCGUCCAGCACCUCCAAAAACAGCAGAAGUUUUAACAGGGAACUUGGGCUUUGAGAACUUUCUGCUCUGUUUGGUUUAUCUCACGCCUAUCAAAGAAGAGGACUGGAUACCCAGAAGCCUUUUGAGGCCCACUGGAGAAAUGGGCUGACAAAGGUCUCUGUCGACGUUUGGCAUGUGGGAGAGUCAGCCAUUUUGGACUGCAUCAUCCCCUUCGUUCAGAAUGUUCAUUAUUCAGCACCAAUAAAGGGAGGAGUUUUUGA